AUGUCUUUCGCCUUCAGCUCCGCUUACGGUUGGACGUGCUUCUGCAAGCAAGUUGGUGUGAAGGCUUCCGAAACGGCAAAAAUGAUGGCUUUUUUGCCCUUCGUUAGGUCGGAGAUGAUGGUGCCCUCACCGGCUCACCCUCACCGUCUUCUCCCUCAACAAAGACUCUCUCCCUCUCUCGACUCCGGUCUCUCUACUGUCUCCGGUGUCGCACUCAAGCUCGUCGUCCCUCUUUGUGUCAUCAGUCAUCACCAUCUCGCACUCAGUCGCGCUCGCGCGCCUUUCCUGCCCUCCUCGUCGUCGGCGGCAGAAGCAGCAGGUCCCGGGACUGGUCAUCGUCGUCGCUCCCUGUCUCGUCACCGUCUCACACUAAAUCCCGCGCCUUUGUUGCCUUUGUUGCACUUGUCGCCGGCGGCGGCAGAAGCAACAGGUUCCUGGGCUGAUCGUCGUUGUUGUCUUCUUGCUUCGACUCUCGCCAUCAACUUCCUCUUCACUGUCAGCUUCCUCCCUGCCGUCAGCUUCCUUCCCAGAAGCUGGUUUCCGAUUUGCAUGACUUUGCAGUUAAUUAUUUUGUACUGUGUUCCUUCAUCAUUUAUAGCUUGUGCCUUUGAAUCAAAUGAAAAGAUUUGUCAAUGAAAUCUCCCUGCAAAAAUGAAGGUGGCAGCAGCUCCAAAGAGAUUGAAGAUCCCUCACAUCCAUUGCUGCAACACAGGCAAGCAGCUUUGAAUAGAGUGAAAGGCUCACUUGACUGCUCUCAAUUGGAGAUUAACUGGCAUUUAGAUCCGUGGUGAUUCCACCAUUCUAUGUAUUUUAAUGAAUUAAUAACAAAAUAUUGAAAAAAUUGGCGAAACAUAGGCCAAAUAUUUAAUAUCAACUGUACUAUAGGCAUGAUUCAUUGUUGCAGUAGAAGUUAUCUGUGAUGUAUUAUCUUGAGGAAGCUUAUCCUCUUAUAGCAAAUAUUAAAUUCAUACAUGUAAUCAAAGUAUGAUCUUUGUCAAAUACAUUUGAACU